AUGCCCAGUCUGGUUCCGGUUUCCACAGCGUUCCAUCUUCGACGCACUUACUCACCUCCGUAUAACUACCCUCCUGAUAUGGUGCUCAAAGCCAUGGACGGUGUUUUAUUCUAUGUUCAUAGGCAUCUCCUUGAAUACAAGUCUGACAAUGGGUUCGGUGGGAUCUUCGCAGGCGAUAUGAACACGGGCCCCCACGACUCACUGCCCAUAUACAUGAUCGCUGAAGCUUCCACCGUCGUCAAUUGCAUGUUACAUAUUCUUUACAAAAUGUCUUCCCGCCUCUAUGCACCCGAUCUUCCUACCAUUUCCGAAACAUUCAGAGCCCUGAGAGGAUAUGGAUGCUCACUAUCUGAGAACAUUCCGCAGGGAUCAGAGAUAUUCACGGAUCUCAUCGCACAUGUGGCGGAUCCGAACUCCGAUGCCCUCGAAGUGUUCAAAAUUGCGGCCUCCAACUCGUUUGAGGAGCUCGCGGUACCAUCUUCAUUCUACGCCCUCCGCACGCCAAUUCCUUCCAUUGACGAGGCAACGGCCGUAGCUAUCGGCCCAACAUACAUGCUUCGUCUCUCUAAGCUUCACGACAACAGGCUACUCGCGCUAAAGAAUCUCCUACAGGAACUUCCCGAUAUACAUGAGGACAUGCCAGCAUGCGAUUCAGUGAAGCAGCGUAGAUUGAGGACAUCAUACUACCUCUUGGGUGCCCAACUUGCGUGCCGCGGCGAGCCGUUCAUCACUGGCGCUUGGCUUGGUGCAUGUUAUGAGAAGCUGAUACAAGAGGUGGGAUGCAAUACAUGCAAGGGAAAAAUAAGGGACCAAGUCCGAAACAUAGUUGAGAAAUGGGAGCAAGUUGAGAAGACUAUCUGA